AUGGGCAUUCUCCCACAUAUAUUAUUCUUGCUAUCACAUAGCAUAAUAUUCAGUUUGGCUCUGGAUUGCCAGCCAAUACGCAUUUCCGGGUUAUCGGGGGGGCAGCCUUCUCAUUAUCACUACAAAGAGGAAUUCCGUAUACGAUUUGGACAAUGGUCGGAUAACGAGAUCAAAACUUGUAUUGGGAAGGCAAAUUCGUUCGAUAUGUGGUUAAUAUCGGAGCAUUCAGACUGCCCAUAUGCAUGGCCAGUAUUUGAAAAUAUAGUUAAUCUAACGGCGGAAUACGAUGUUAAUGUAAAACUCCCCAUAUCGAAGGAGGACCUUAAAUGGUCACCAUUCCAUCUUGACCUCAGAGCAACAGCCGACGCGUGGUAUGAAGACGUGAAGUUGUUUGCAAGGUCUAACACGUUCUUGGUGGGUGGCGACGAGGACACCACGUCGCACACCACAAUCACCAGCACGUCAACCUCGAGCUAUACUACGUUUACAACAGUCAUAUCGACAUCGACAUCGGAAAGCUCUCUGCCACCGACUGCGACCGUUGUGGUAACCCGGACACUGGAGCCUACUGCAACCGGUCCCAUACCCAUUGCCCAUGGGAAAGCAGGUCUCAGCACUGGCGCAAAGGCCGGCAUUGGGACGGGCGUAGCGUUUGGCUCGAUCGCCAUAGCAGCUGCAGUGUAUAUAAUAAUACUUCUUCGGCGGCGACAGGCGGACAAAGUCAUACCGAUGCUCAGCGGCGAGGAAUCGAACAAGUACUCGCCUCCGGGGCCACCGGAAAUGCACGAUGAAGUACCGGGCUCGCUUCCUGUGGUUACUGAGACAAACGAUCCCCAGAAAAGACCUGCCAGCGAGAUGCUCGGCUCGAUACCAGUGGGAAAACCCAGUGGUAGGGUUGGUGAAGAGAGUGUGCAUUACGAGUUGCCAUAA